AGCCCGGGGGCAGGGGGAGGAUCGCAGGCUGUACUCAGCACCACUAUACUGAGAGCCCAGCACUCCGAUCACACACUGCACAGGAGGGGAUGGCAUCACCUAUGUUAGAGGAAGAAGCCCGAUAUGUAUCCAGUCCUCUAGCAAUGCUAACUGCUGCCUGCAAUAAGUUUGGAGGUUCAAGUCCUAUUAGAGAUCAUCAACCAUCAUUGAAAUCUGGACCAAAAAAGUCUUAUAGUCCUAUAAAUGACUUUAGUGCAACUAAACUGAUGGGGGACGGAUACUCUUCUACGUACUUGGGAGGAAGCAAUUUAAUGGCACAAUGUGGGACACCACCUGCUCCUUCAAGUUAUGGUGGUGACUACACCUCCUUUUCCCAUUCAUUCUCUUCUUCAGGAUGCCAGGAGCCCAAGAGUCUUUCAACAGCUGAGUGUGUUCCAGGAGUAUAUACCUCUCUAGAUGUAGGACAUCCCUACAGCUCAUGGUACAAAACCGGAAUCCAUCAUCCUGGGAUCUCUGGUUCACCCACUGGAACAGGAGGCUCUUGGUGGGAUAUGCAUCCUAAUAGCAACUGGCUCAGCAACCAGACACAGCCAGAUGGGUUAGCUGCAUCUAUGCCACCUGUGACAAGCCCAGCAGGUAUGAGCAACCAGUACACUGCUGAAUACACCACAUUGACACCUGCCACGUAUCCAAAUGUGGGAUUUCCAUCCAUAUCUCCUUCAUCCAGUCCCUCCCCAUCGGCUCAUAUUCUAUCACAAUCUCAGCACUCACUGGGCCCAGAUAUGUACAAGCCAAAACUUCUUACUUCUAGUCCAUUGCUUGAGGCUCCAGGUCCAAUGAAGCCUCAAAGAGCCUCAUCCUAUGGGAAUACUGGACGUCCAUCAUGUGACUGCCCAAAUUGCCAAGAACUAGAGAGGUUAGGAGCUUCUGCAGCAGGGCUGAAGAGAAAACCUGUACAUAGCUGUCAUAUUCCAGGCUGUGGUAAGGUCUAUGGCAAAGCAUCUCAUCUUAAGGCUCACCUUCGUUGGCAUACAGGAGAAAGGCCAUUCGUCUGCAACUGGCUAUUCUGUGGAAAACGCUUCACACGCAGUGAUGAGCUUGAGCGUCAUGUGCGCACCCACACUCGUGAGAAAAAAUUCACAUGUCCUCUCUGUUCAAAAAGAUUUACACGCAGUGAUCACCUAAGCAAGCAUCAGCGGAGUCAUGCUGAGCAAAAUGGAACAAAGGAAGGUGGUGUUCAGGGUGAUGGUGGUGUAGGAGCUGUAGAAGGAGCAAGAGAAGAAGGAUCAGUGGCAACAGAAGGAUCCCCUGUUGGCUCUACCCAGGAGAGAUCAUCUAGUAGUCCUGGACAAGGAGGUUUGUUGGAGAUAUGAGGACAGUAGCUGAAGAAAUUCAAAUUCCUAUUGUUGGAAUUUCAAGAACUGUCCAAACAGUCCAAAGCGAUCAGACCCAUCAGGGUGAAGAUCCAUUAAAUACUGUAACUGCAGUUGGGUCCAAAACGUGUAUGACAAGUCUGUUGUAUGGCAAAGUAGACAAGUGACUAAAGAUACAUUUUUAUCAGGAAGGACUAACAAGCGUGAAAAUUUUGUAGAUCAGAAAUGGCUCCCUUUUUAAAUUAGAGAAAAGUAGUUGAAACAGAGAUGGUUGUGAAUAUAAGAUCAAUAUUUCAAAAGUAUGAAGGAAGCCCAUCAACAUGAUGCCUUUCCCUCCUAGACAAUUUCGGUUGUACUUUUCUUCUGCCAGUGUUAAAUGUUUUGAAGAAUUUUAUUGAUACAGAUGAUGUCUACCUCUCGGCGUUCAUGAAAAGUUUUCUGCUAGCCUGUUAAAAUGCACAAUGGUGAAGCAAUGGAAUGGAGACCUUCCAAAAGAGCCCAGACUAAUGUAACCACAACAGGACAAUCUUUUUAUUCUUAUUCCACUAAUUUGUUUGUUGGUGCUGUUAUGUAUGUUGCACUUUUCAAUUAAUAUUGUUAUAAUCCAUAGGUUUUUUUUUUGUUGUUUUAUGUCGCAGUAGGUUAAGUCAUCAUUUUUUUUAAAUAUUAAAAAGCUAAAAUUGUAUAGGCACAUAUGUAUAUGUGCAUACAAGCUGAUAUUUUUUUAGUAUUUCUAAUUAUUAUAUCUUGAUAUUUAUUAAAACAAUGUACAAAGGAAACUUGUUGCCUAUAAUGUGGUACUGAAUUUUAGUCGUCCCUUAUCAACACUCUUCAUCACACUGUUAAUCUGUAGGAGCAAAAAGCGUGUGUCCCAUGUAACCUCCAUGUUGCUCUGUUUUGACCUUGUACUGGGCCAAUGCAUCUCACCCCUACCCCUACCUGACAGUAAUUGGAACUGGCAAUUGGUUGCUCUGAAACAGCAUUGCACUGGUAGAGGAAAGGCAAGCAGAGAAAAAUGAAGGCAGAAUUGGGCCCUAUGGAAAAAAUGGCAGCUUCCUUCCCGUUACCUCUCUAUUGAUAGGAUUCCAAUAGGCAAAACAACUAAACAAAUUGACAUUUUCUGUACUGACAUGGACCCCAUCAGACACCAAAUACCUUCAGGUGCAUUCUUACUGGAAAGUGACAGCCAGAACCCGUUUUGACCAGAUAGAUUUUUUUUUUUUUUUUGCAGGAGCAUGAUAGGUGAGUAUGUACGUUUUCGGCAACUGAAGGUUCAGUUUGCAUAAAACUGAUAUUUUGGCUGCGGAUAAUGACAGGUGCCCGUUGGUGACUCAAGGUGCA